UGAGAGAUGAGGUUGCAGGACAAUGGCACAUUGCACCAUCACAACCGGCCUCCUUUUUCCAUUAAAUGUUCUUCUUUUGCAGGUUUCAUUUGCACAUAAAAAUAAUAUCGUGUAUAAAUGUAUAUGCAUAGAUAGAUAGAUAGAGAGAGAGAGAGAGAGAAUGGCUCCACUAUAUGCAACCAUUUCUUCUUCUUUGGUGACAUUAACACUUCUUGUAGCCAUUGCAAACUCCAAUGCAAUAUUAGUGAAAUUUGGAUAUAGCGGAGCAAAUGGUCCGGAUAGAUGGGGGUGCUUAAGCCCACAAUUCGCACUGUGCUCCAAAGGAACUCGGCAAUCACCCAUCAACAUCAUAAAAAACGGCGCCGUAUUUAACCCAAAGUUGCGACCCCUCAAAAGGGAUUAUGUUGCGUCUAAUGCCACUCUAGUUGAUAAUGGUUUCAACAUUGAGCUUAAAUUCGACGACGCGGUUGGAAAUGUGAUUGUAGAUGGAAAAAAGUAUUGGCUGAAACAAAUGCAUUGGCACUCACCUUCUGAGCACACUAUUAAUGGUGAGAGGUUUCCAAUGGAGAUCCACAUGGUACACAAGAGUGAUGAUGGUAAUAUUACUGUUAUCGCGAUCUUUUAUAAAUAUGGCCAUCCUGAUCCCUUUCUUUUUCAGAUAAAGGAAAAGUUAGCGGAAUUAAAUAAGGAGGCGCGAAGAGGAGACGACGAAGCCCAAAUUCCGGUUGGUGUCGUGAGAACAAAAGCCUUUAAACGCCGCGCUCGCAAGUAUUUCCGAUAUGUUGGAUCCUUGACCACUCCUCCAUGCACUGAGAAUGUCAUUUGGAUCAUCCUUGGCAAGGUGAGAGAGAUAACCAAGGAACAAGCAGAUGCUCUGAGAGCUCCUCUGAGUAAGGAGUACAAGAACAACUCGAGGCCGAUCCAGCCGUUGAACGGGAGAUCGGUGGAGCUUUACGAUGCAUACAUCUCGAAGCAAACAUAAGUAGCACCAUUUUUCGUUUCUACGAUGAAUGGUAUUUCAAGCUAAAUAAAAAUGCAUGAUCGUGUGCGGCGUUAACUAUAUUGAUCAUCGAAGAUCUGAAAUUCAUGUGUACUGUGUGAAAUUAGAUGUCUCUCCUUUGCACUAAGUAGUGUCCUAACCAAGUAGAGGUUUAGUUAACCUCUUUUACUUGGUAGUUGCUUUUGCUUUGCCUCUAAAAACCAUAAAGCUACAUCUUGUAAUGUGGUGACUAUUAUUAAAUACCUAUUAAAUACCUAUCUUACCGAC